CCGAUCGGAGGAGCGCAGGGGGAUGAGAAGGAAGGUUGACCACACGAAACCUUUCUACCGCCGCGCAGCUGCAAGCCAUACGACCACCAACGCCUAUGGAUCGACUCUAACCUAAAUCUCCGUUUCCUGGGCUGCAUAAUCAAUAGCUCCUAUAAGGACACAUGCAACAGACUUCAGAACCAUGCGCCAAUCUAGCAAUAGUGCUUCAUGAGCCUUGGGAAUGAUGUCAAUCAGACAUAUGGGCGGAAAGUAUUGUAGCUCCCAACAUCUCCAGGAUCUAUAUAAACUGCCCUGGAGUCCAAAAUUCAAAGGGCAUCCCAUUUCCAACUUCAUUCACUCCUCAUCUACUUCCAACAAUCCAAUCAUCAACCAUGAAGCUUUCCGUCAUUCUCCUGUCGGCCUUGAGCGCUGUCGCUCUCGCAGCCCCAUCCCCCACCUGGAACAAAUAUGACAAGAGCUGCGCCCACCAGAAGCCCGCUGGCCACUACUCCGACGACUACAAGGGCUGCAAGGCCUACAACAAGGACGAGCUCAAGUACAAGUUGAAGUGCAAGUGGUACAAGCCCCAGUACAAGCACUGCAAGAAGGGCAAGGACGACAAGUACGACGAUGACGAUGACAAGAACGACCACGAUGAUGACGACUACAAGGACGACAAGGGCCACUACUAAAGCAGUGCGUCUCUCCCUUGAGCUGGC